GAUGGCAUCGGCGGCCCGCCCUCUUCACCCUCCUUCUACAAUUAAAAUCGGAAUAUCUUCUCAAGUUAUACGUUUCAUUAAGGAAAACUUGUCUAGUUAUAAUCGCCUUUUAAAGCUGUAUUUAAUCAUGUAUUUGUUUUUUUCAUGAAAAAAGCCCACACGCCAAGCUUCAACACUGCGAAAUAGGGAAAGAGUCCCGUCCUUUAGUUAGAGUAGUCCAUGUCUCAAUCACUCUUAUCACUUAUAAGGAACACUUACAAACAGUGAAAACUCCCAUCAAGGAAAUGGCCAGAGAUGGCAGAUCUUCUUGCAACAACAAACAGGGAAGAGAAUUUCCUUCAAACCUACUUCAAUGGCUUGGCUCAGUCUUCGUUUGAUAAAUGCAAAGAUGCUGUAAUGCUACUCACACUACAUUGAAAUGUGUUUUCAGGAUAGGGAACGUGACACAAAUAAGAAUCAAAAUGGAAUUUGGCCUUAUCUCAUGGGAACCCUAUCUCAGCUUGCUACAACAGAAAAAUCAUACAUGGCCCUUUUGUUUCUUGUUCCAAAAUCGUUUCUACGAAAAGAAAACUCCCUGAAAUCUGCGUAUGAUACUUUAAGAAUGGAAUGUAGACGGACAGAAGAGUUCUCAAAAGUUACACAACUAGAUUUACUUGUGGUUCAUCUACUUGGCCAACUUGCUCAAUUUGCUUCUGCCAGACUAGAGCUAAUGGAAUUCUAUGAAAAACUGUCUGCCUUUGGUACGUCAAAACAAAACAAUCUGGAAGAACUUCUACCUCAAAUUCAUAAAUUGAGUCAAACAAAUGAUGCAAAAUUUCAUCAUCCAUUAAUGACACCACUAAAAUCUUCAUUUUCUCAUGAAUGUGAGAUACUUGCACAUUUGCUUGAUGCCAAUGCAGAGAUGGCUUCAUGGAAUUAUCUCCCAGCAUUAUUGAAAAUCAACGAGACGCAAGCUAAAUUAGAUACCUGGGCAAAAGUUUUUCAACUGAAAGAGACAAGAAGACUAGGGCUUUUUAAAAACCCUACAUCCCCUCAACUUUUCCAAUGGCUAAUGAAAUUUAAGUGCUUGAGUGUUUCAAAAUUCACCCUAUACUUUUAUGAAGUGCUUUCUAAAUAUUCAACACCUCAGGAUUUAAAAGCCUUGUGUGCAAAGCAAAGCUUAGACUACGUAAAUCUGAUCCAAGCCUUUCAGAGAAAAGCUGAUGCUCGCGCAGUUUCUUUAAUACUUGACGUGAAUGGUCUUGAUUCAUUCCGAGGACCGGGCUAUGUUCAUCCCAGUAAACCUGUGGACACCCCUAAAGGACUAGAUUCAUACCCUUGUAUCUUCACUUCUCCUGAUAAAUCUAUUCGAGAAAUUCCUUAUUGGCCGAGUGUAAUUAUGCUUCUAGCGGAUCGGAUACAGGAAUUAUCUAAUUAUGAGAAGUUAGUUUACGUAUUUGAUCACAGGGUGCAGCGGACUUAUUUUCUUCAACGUGUUGAGCCGCGACUAACAUUGGUAUUGAUAUUUGAAUCAAAACGGUUGGAGAAAGAGAGCUACAUCAUAAGCUUUAUGAAUGAAAUAACCCAACAGCUGAGAGGAACUAGAAUUUUUAAUUGCUUAAAGGGUACUGGAUCAUCGUAGGUUGCUGAAAAACAAGAGCUCGAAAGAUAAUUUUGCUGAAUGGCCGCGGGCCGAGGCCAAUUCCGAAAAACUGUUCAAAAUUGUGCGAAUAUUUCUCUGCCUUUUUUUGCGAUAUGGCAAUCGUGCUAAGCACACGAAAACUUUCAGUGAUUUGUAUCUCCAGUGUUCUUAUCCUAAUCAAUCAUGUCAACUGUUUCAAGAAUAUAUAACAAAAUCCUCCACAAA